AGAGUGAAUUUUACUGUAGUGAUGAUACAAACUCAGAAAAGAGUCGUUGGAACCAUUGGGUUGCUGUUCUGCGUUGUUGGUUUGAUCUCAGGAUGUAAGCGCUCACCGACCACUGCUUCAGGAUUCAGAGCUCCGAAAGGUCGCAUAUGUUCUGGACAGCUAAUUUUUCAAGAUAAUUUCAACCGACUGGACAGAAAUGUUUGGCAGCAUGAAAAUUCGCUUGGUGGUGGUGGUAACAACGAGUUCCAAUGGUAUUCUGGAUCCGGACGAAAUUCGUACAUAAAAAACAAUCAUCUAUACAUCCGCCCAACAUUGACAUCGGAUGAAUAUGGUGAAGCGUUUCUGAAAAGCGGAGUAAUCAAUCUCAACGAGGGUCCCCAGAGUCAAAGAUGCACUGAUGCACCGGGUUGGGCAGAACAGAUCCACGGAUGCUAUCGACGAGGAAGUCCAGAUCGUAUCCUGAACCCAGUUCGAAGUGCACGACUCCGAACGGUGAAUUCAUUCGCUUUCAAAUAUGGAAAGGUGGAAAUCAAUGCUAAGUUGCCACAAGGAGAUUGGUUGUGGCCUGCUCUGUGGUUGCUCCCAAAAGGGGAUACCUACGGAUAUUGGCCCAAGUCAGGUGAAGUGGAUCUGAUGGAGUCACGUGGCAAUCGAAACCUCGUACAGAACAACGAGAAGAUCGGAAUCCAGAAGGUGUCAUCGUGUCUACAUUUCGGAGACAACCCGAAUGUGCGCAGUUCCCAGUGUGGUUCUGUUAGUGGUAAUCUUUUUGGUGCAAUGUUUAACAGAUACCAACUUACUUGGACGAAAAAUGUCAUUCAAUUUGGAAUUAACGAUAGGAUAUUUCGUACUGUUACCCCUUAUGAGGGUUUCUGGAGACUUGGCGGAUUCAGUUUCAACCCAUGGCCUAAGGGAUCGAAGAUGGCUCCAUUCGACAAGGAGUUUUAUAUAGUCAUGAAUGUUGCAGUCGGUGGAGACUACUUUCCGGAUAAUGCGUGGAAUCCACACCCGAAACCCUGGAGACAAGGAAAUCCGAGUGCGAUGACCGACUUCUACAAAGCCAAAUCCAAUUGGUACAGUACUUGGGGUGAUGCUGCGGCAUUAGAAGUUGACUGGGUGAAAGUUUGGGCUGCAUAGAUAUUUAAUUUUCCAACUUUGGUAUACUAAAAAUUUAUGAUUAUGUUGACUGCAAUGAUAACACCAGCUAUUGCGUUUCGUGAAUGGAAUAUAUCUAACCUAAUUGAAGAAGC